UCUACACAGAGCACCACGUGGUCAGGGAGUAGCACUGCAAGUAAACCACUUAUACACAGGUGUGCAGAUACUAAACAUAAAGAAUCAUCAUUAAAUUGAUUAUACAGUAGUUUGUUUCAAUAAUUGAGUCAUUUAAAACAAUAGUAUAAAUGUAAAAUGAAAGCGUAUCCCAAGUCUGCUGAGGAGGCUGUCAGGCAGCACACAACGCUGUGGUAACUAGUAACAUAAGCACUGUCUCUACAUUAUCUUUUUAUGUUAUCCCUCUUUGCUUCUACAGUUUGAGCCGUCUGUAACCUGACACACAACUCUUGUUCCCAGUUGGCCUCUCCAAUAAGUAAAAGCCCUUCCCUGAGGACUCUUGAUUUGUCUGAUAAUCGGCUGGAGGGACCUAGGGUUUAGAGACUUAAUGACCGCUUUUUCGAGCCAGACAUGCAGGAUCGAAACAUUAAUAUUGAGCUGUGAUGGUACACAGAUAGACAAGUCUAGCAUCCAAUUAGCUUCUACCAUAUCAAAAAAUCAAUCUCUUCGGAAACUUAACCUGCGUGGAAGUAAAUUGGUCGGCCAUCUAUUCUCAGAGUUAAUGGAAGCCCUGUCCAGUCCAUCCUUCAGGAUAGAGGAGUUGAUUUUGAGAGAUGUCAGCUUGACAGACAGUGCAUGUUCACAUCUGGCCGUGGUGAUACGUAAUAAUCACUUUCUAAGGAAGCUUGACCUGUCUUAUAACAACCUAGUAGGCCCUCAUUUUGGAGAUCUGAUGGAAGCUCUGUCCAGUCCAAGCUGCAGGAUAGAGGAAUUACUGCUUGAGAAUAUAAGCUUGACAGAUGAAUCUGCCCCAUUGCUGGCAUUGCUGAAGAAAAACAAGAACCUCAGAUUCCUGGAUCUGAACCGCAACUAUAUCAAAGACAUUCAUUCCAGCCGAAUUAGAGAAGAAAUGAGGACAUCACCUAACCUGAAGGAGCUAAGGAUGAACUUCAAAAAUAUUUUAUCACUGAAGCCUUAAUAAAGCCGCUAAAACCUCAAUGGCUGAGUUUCAAUUAAAGGGGGUCAUCAAUUUUUUUUUUAAUGAAUAAUAAAAUAACCUUACACCCCCAGUCCCAAUCCCACUUCAUUUUAGUGCUGCCACUCUAUCUACACAUGACCAAGGACGACUGCCUGAAGAUGCCACGGAAAUCUUUGAUGAAAACAACAUUGGUUUGGAUCCGUUCCGGUGGCUUCUGUAUUCUCCACACUAGGGAUCGACCGAUAUUGAUUUUUUAGAGCUGAUACCGAUAAUCUGUGAACUUUCAGG